AUGUCUUCCAAAAAAGCACAGGAGAGUAAAGCUUCAACAAAAGCUGAUAAAAAAGGCCAGAAGCAAGAGAAAAGAUUAUCGGCUUUCUUUGUUCCACAAGAUAGCCAUAACUGUUUGGAGCAAUCAUCUCUGGAAUCUCUUCAAACAGGGGUUUCUGUUUCACCUAUCAAAGUUCUGGACAAAGAAGUAGUUACUCCUUUUUUAAAGAAAUGUUUGGAAGAUCUGUCUAAAGAUAUUAAAAAAGAUUUGAGUGAUACAUUUUCUGAUAUAAAGAUGGACUUAGCUGAGUUAAAGGAACGUAUUCAUAAAUUAGAAGAAAAGGAAGAAGAUAUUGUGUUCCAGCUCCAGGCAGUAAAGGACACUCAAAUCAAGACGGAAUUGAAAAUGAAAGAAAUGGAAGACAAAAUGUGCGAGCUGGAAGACAGAUCAAGAAGGUUGAACCUAAGGUUCAGAAAUAUACCUGAGGAUAUAUCAGAUGCUCAACUAUAUGAUUUUUUGAUAAAUUAUUUUAACUGUUUGGGGAUCCUUACGGCACAGCAAGAUAUAAAGUUGUCUCAGUACCACCGUCUUUCCUAUAGAAAGAAAGAUCAACUGUACCCACGUGAUGUUAUCGCAGCGUUUGUUUCAUAUGAUCUCAGGACUCAGAUCCUUCAGACAGCGAGGAAGAUGAAGAUAAACGAUGAAAAGUUUACAGCAAUAAAAAUGUUAACAGGUGUCUCUUAUUUAACGAGGCAAAGAAGAAAUUCAUUUUCCACGGUCUUUCCGUGCCUGAAGAAAUUCAACCUAAAGUUUAAAUGGACCGCUCAAUCAGUUUUACUAAUUUGUUAUAACGACAUAUGGAAGUCUUUCAAGUCAGCAGGUCUGGCUCAUGCCUGGUUAAAAGAUAUUGAUAUGUAG